CUGCUCUUCAUGAGAGAUUCUGCAUAUGAAAGCAAACCACUAAACCAUGAUAUCCCUUUGCUGACAGAACAACAUCUUGACAUUAAAGAGCUAUGAAUACUUCCCUGCAUACUACUGAAUUCCCUACGACUGGAGCCAGAGGAUUAAUCUGUGAAAUCCAGAAUGGCUUCCUGGAGGAGGCCCUGCCUCCAAUGUACUCCAUCAUCUCCAUCAUUGGUUUCUUCAGCAAUGCCCUGGCCCUCUGGGUGUUCCAUUUUGGUACCCAGAGGUUGAACUCCAUCACUGUGUACAUGAAGAGCCUUGCCAUCUCAGACCUCCUGCUGGCAUUUUGCCUGCUCUUCCGGGCAGCUUAUCAAAACCAGAGCGGCCCCCAGAUCAUCUGCAAAUUGGUGGGCAUCAUAUUCUACCUCACCAUGUAUGUCAGCAUCUUCCUGCUCAGCCUGAUCUGCCUGGAUCGCUACCUGAAGAUCAUCAGGCCCCUGCAGCAGUUCCGGAUCCACACUGUUCCCAACAGCACGGCGGCCGUCUGGGCAGUAUGGCUGAUCUGUGCUGGCAGCAUGCUGCUCUUCUUCGCAGAGGACGACACGAAAAAGCCCUGCAGCCACAGAUGCUUCCACUUCAAGAAGAGGAAUGCCCUGGGUGCAGGGCUCAACAUGGCUGCGGUGGCUACUUUCUUCUUUCUGUUGGGGUUUUUCCUCUACUCCUACAGCAAAAUUGCCUUCAAGCUCCGCAUGGUCUCCUUGAAGAAAACUCAUCAGGGGAGUAAGACAACCAACAGCAAAGCUAUCAUGAAGACCUUUGUGGUCCUGGCCACCUUCCUCAUAUGCUUUGCUCCAUACCAUGUGGUUCGGGUGCCCUACAUUCUGGCCCAGGUGGAGGUAAUCUCUUCUCCAUGUGUUAAACAAGCCCUCCACGUGGCUAAUGAACUUGUCCUUUGCAUCUCUGCCCUCAACUGCUGCUUUGACCCCGUUAUUUUCUACUUCUUGUCCAGCAGUUUUAAAAGAGCCCUUCUGGCAGCCAUCCAUGGAAAGUUGAGAAAAGCACUCCAGAAAAACCAGGGAGACUUUAGCCACAGGAAAUCCAUCACAGAAUCUAGGAUGCAGGGCAGCUGAGACUUGGAAUGGACUUCUGGGCAUUAGACGGAAUCUGGGAAGAUGCUUGCCUAGGUUCUUGUCUUUAGGAAGACGUGAUCACAGAAGCCAUGCUUGGUGACUAUAAUCAUGGUCAAGCUUUUAUUCAUUUGGAAAACACUGGACCACAUCCAGACCAUGAACUUGUAGUGCUCUUGCACGGUAAGAUACAUGCAGAAUUGCAACUGCUGAAUUGCCACAAUCCAGCAUCUUUCUACGCGUUCUCUGAUUCUGUGGCUUCUAACCAUCUUGCCGCCUCUGAGGCUCCCUCCUGCUCCUGAUUAUUCUAUCAUUUCUUAGGUUUUUUUAAAAUCAUCUUGUUCAACUGGGAGGCUGGAAUGCCUCAAAGUCAAGUGCUGCUGUCCAAUAACCUCAGUAUUUGAGUUUAAAAUAAUGGUUUUGUAUUUUGGAGCUCAAGCUUAAUCUCACCUAGGUUCUUGGAUAAAUUGCUUUUCUUUCAGUGUUCCCAGUUUGCCUAAUAAGAGUUUUGAGGCAUGCUAGCAAAGGAAACCCUGCUCUUUGCAGGCUUUGUACCCGCCAUUUUGUACCCUCAGCACACUUUCAAAAUUGCAGAUAUGCGUACCGAGAGAAAAAGGUUAGGAAGUUCACUGGCACAACAUGGCCAUGCGGGUGAGAAAGUUAUAACACAACAGAGCCUGCCAUUUUAG